CGUUUAGCAGCCCUACCGCUUUCUUUUUUGCUUCGCCUCUCCAAAUAUUUUCCCAAUCUGGUCAAGCCAUCACCAAAUUCUUCUGGAACAACGAAGAAUUGGGCUGUUUCCAGUUCAUAUAUAAUAUCACUGUGUUUCCACUAGAAUUGCGAUGAGCGGUGAGAAUGGUAGAAGCAUCAUGUGGUUCUUCGAGGAAAAAGGCUUCAACGAAUAGAGUAUCCACAAAAUGGUGAGAAAAUGCAAACACUUGGAGGAAGCCCCAAGUGAGAUUGCAUCUGAGAACUGGCCUUACUUGAAAAGCAUCGGCAUUCAAGAGAGAAAACCCCCUCACAUUGUCUCCAGAUGCCCCAAGAUCCUCACUUUACGUCUCCUCCAUGAGAGGGUUCAGUGUCUCUCCACGCUUGGAACAAAGCCUUAUGAGGUUGCUUCUGCAUUCCCUCAGAUAUUCUCUCAUGGCGUCGGGGAGAAACUCUGCCCGCUUCUUGUUUUGUUCCAAGCCUUGGGAGUGCCUGAGGAACAGCUUGGAAAGAUGCUUCUUUUGAACCCAAGACUCAUCAGCUACGUAUUGAGCAUCCACACCAAGCUUGCUCUGAUGGUAAACUUUCUCUCAAGCCUUGGCCUUUCCAGAGAUGAUGGAAUGAUAGGUAAAGUUCUGAUGAAGAAUCAUUUCCUCAUGGGUUACAGUGUCGAGAAUAGAUUACGGCCCACCACCGAGUUCUUGCGUUGGAUGGUUGGUCCGAGGGAGGAGGGUAUUCAGGCAGUGGUAGUAAUGAACUUCCCAGAAAUGGUAUGCAUAGAUGUUGACAAGAUUCUCAGAGCAAACUUUGAUUAUCUCAAGAGAUGCGGAUUUGGAAAUGCAGACAUUGUAACCAUGGUGACUGGGUAUCCCUCAAUUCUGAUCAAAAGCAUUAAGAACUCACAAGAACCUAGGGCCAGAUUCCGGGGAGAAGUGGUUGAUUAUCCUGAAUACUUCCGCCAUGGAUUGAAGAAGAGGGUUGAGUCACGUUAUAAGUUCCUCAGACAGAAGAACAUUACGUGCAGCCUAAGCGAAAUGCUGGACUCUAACAUGAACAAAUUUCACCAAAGGUUUGGCUGUGAAGAGGAUACAUAUAUAUGUAUAUAUAUUCUAAAAACGACGUCGUGGAGACAUUAUUGGGCUCAUGGGCCGUGCGGGUUAAUUCCAUAGAGACUUUUCAAAAAA